AUGAAACGAAUUGUAUUGUUAACAUAUUUGUGCAUAUACACAUUUGCGACUGAUUCUGUGAAAGAUUUCGACUUCCUGACUCAAAGCGAUUAUGGGAAAAAAGUAUUAAAAGAAUAAUAGCUAGUUCUGAAAUCUAGUUCAAAUCCUGUCGAUUUGAUAAUUAAUCUGAAUCAUUUUGAAUCUGAGCUUGUGAUGGAUAGUGAAAAGACAAUGAAGGAGUAUUAGACUGUCUAUACACGCAAUAUUGAGAGGAAAUAAGCAUUGAAAUAAAAGAUCUUCUUAUCAAAAUAUUAAUUAUAAAAUGUUGGUGAAGAACUUACAAUUGUCACAAAGGAAAAAGAAUUUUCAGGAAAAAUAUUCGAAGAAAGAAAGAGAUUAUUAACAGAAGAGAAUAAAUUUGUUCCUUAGAUGCAAGCUAUUCGUAAUGAUGAAAUUGAUAAACUCUAAAAUUUAAAAAAGGAAAUAAACCAAACCUCUAAAGUCAUAAAUUCAUUUUUAUAACACUUUUAAGGCUUAGCUCAUUUCUUGGCCAAAAAACCAGAUUUGAGUGAGUCACCAGCCUUCUUAGCUAACAACAAAUAGAAUGAUGAAUUGAAUAAGUUUAAAUCAAUGUGCAAUGAUAUCAGAAACGAUUUAGAUACUGUUGUUAUUGAUAACCCUUACACCCUAGUAUUAUUUUCGUUGAAACCAUUAUUGGCUCCUGAAAAUGCUCAUUUGAUUGAAGAGGUUCCUUAAUUAUUAAAAACCUUAUUACUUGCCUUGGAAUCAAGUUCAGAAGAAAUUGAAGCUGUAAGCAACGAGAGACAAGAGUUGUUCAAUAUUGAAAGAAAUGAGCUUAAAAAAGAUGUUGAUAAAAGAUCAGCUGAAUGCGAUUAAAUUAAAUAAAUAUUUGAAAGAUCCUCAGUUGAUUUAGAGAACUUGACUAAUUAACAAAGUGAUUUGAAGAAGAAGAUUACGUAAUUGUAGACAGAAUAAGAACAACUAUAAUCCGAUAUGGAAGGAUAACAAAGAGAAUACAGAAAUAAGUUAAAGAAUAAUUUAGCCAACUUAGGUUUAAUUAGGAAAAUUAAAUACUUGUUAAGUUAAAACAAUAAAGGGUAUUUGCAAUUCAUUAAAAAUUAGAAAUGAUGAGCAUAUAUAUUUGUUUUAAUCUAUAUAUUUACAUCAUAAUUAAACUUCAA